AUGGAAUAUGUCUCCAAAUGGGUGGAUGCCAUAGCAACAACUACAUGUGAUGCACAAAUUGUUCUCCAAUUCCUCAAGAAGUAUAUCUUCACCAGAUUCAGAGUGCCUAAAGGUCUCAUUAAUGAUGGUGGUAGUCACUUUUGCAACAAGCAAAUGAACACCUUGCUCCAUAAAUAUGGAGUAACUCACAAAGUAGCUACACCAUACCACCCUCCGACCAAUGGCCAGGCUGAAUUGGCAAACAGAGAACUGAAAAAGAUUCUAGAAAAAACAGUGGGAGCAACAAGGAAAGACUGGGCAAGGAAGCUAGAUGAUGCCCUGUGGGCAUAUAGAACUGCAUUCAAAACUCCCAUCGAGAGACUGGAAGCUUAUGAUAAUGCUAAGAUCUACAAGGACAGGACCAAAAGAUGGCAUGACAAGAAAAUUUCAAAAAGAGAUUUUAAGCCAGGGCAACAAGUGCUAGUGUAUAAUUCUAGACUCAAGAUCUUCCCCGGCAAACUCAAGUCUAAAUGGACCAGUCCUUAUGUGGUGACUAUGGUCUCCCCACAUGGAAAUCUUGAACUCCUGAAUGAAGCUUCAAAGGAUACAUUCACAAUAAACAGUCACAGGGUGAAGCACUACCUGGGAGGACCAUGGAACAAGGAGGAGGAGCAUUCAUGA